AAGAUUUUUUUCUUUCUCCAGCCAAUUUUUGCAUCUAAACUGAAGAUACAUGAUACCUGUGGUGUACACAAUCUUCAUGGCAUGCCUGGAAUACUUGGAGGUAUAGCUGGUAUAAUUGCAUCUGCCAUGGCCAGUACAAAUGUAUAUGGUGUUGGACUUGACCUAACUUUCCCAGCAGGAAGAACUGGUAUUCUACAGGCUGGAUAUCAAGCUGCUGGAUUAGGUGCAUCCCUUGCUCUGGCCCUUAUUGGAGGGACCAUCACAGGUUUCAUUCUAUGCAUUUCUUUUUGGGGACAGCCACCAGAUCAAAAUUGUUUUGAUGAUGAUAUUUAUUGGGAGGUGCCAGACGGUGAAACUGAAAAUGAAAAUCUACUUUCUUCAGAACAUGGAAGGCAGAAAACUAAUGCUGAAGCAUGAACCGACGUGAUUUUUUUUUUAAAACGUCAUCAACAUUUAAAGCCUGCCAAACGGAAAUCAAAAACACUAAUAUUUCACCCAAAAUAUUUUAUAUAGCACAGUCUAUUUAAAUGAAUAAAAAAGAAGUCUGAGAAUUAUAUUAGAAUUAAUUUACUGUGCUAUUUUGUACGGUAAAAUAACUUGAUAAAAAUACAAAAUAUGCUUCUCUUUUGAUAAUAUCCAGGCUUUUUUCUAUUUCUUUUUAUUCAUAUAGUUCUUAAUUUUCUAGUGCUCUGUUUGAUUUGCUUAUACAUAACACGUAGAAUUCUUUUUUAUUGUAGUUGCAGAGAGGCAGGACAUCAAGUUAUUGUGGAUUCAAAUACACUGCAGGACUCAAGCUUAAUUGUAGUAAAUCAAAUACGGAGAGUGUGUUGCAUUGCUAAAAGUUGAUUGGUAUAGAUUCUUGAUAAUCAAGGGAAUGAAUGUUUAUCAGGGAUAAGUGGAAAUGUGAUGUGAUCCUAUUGAGUGGUGGAGCAGGCAUGAGGGAAUGAGUGGUCUAAUUCUCCUAAUUCAGAUGUGCAUACAUAUGUUCAUGAAGCCGUUCUGAUAUGUUAAAACCAAGUUACUAUCUGGCUUGUCUCGUGGAUUCUGUAGCACUUUUUGAAGAAAUCUAGGGAGUGCUCCCAGUUUUCGAACCAGUGUUAAUUCAUUUAACCAACAUGGUAAAAACACAGUACUUGAUUACUCAUGUCAGUUCUGUUUGUGAGGCUUCACUGUGAUGUAGAUCUGUCUAAUGUAAGAUACAUAAGAACAGUGACUAUGCCUCAAAUAAAAAAAAUAUUACUUUUGAGACAAUUGGGAUAUUUUGAGCAUCUGAAAAGCAUUAUAUGAAUGGCAUUUUUAAAAUCUUAGCUACAUAAUACAUAUUAGAGCAGUGGGAUAAAUACUGAAGUUAAUCUGUGCACUUCAAGUAUGGAGUAGAAAAUAGCAAAACGUUCUCAAAGCUGACCAGUAUGCAAAGGUCACAUUGGGAAGUGCAUAUAUAAGGACAGAACUGAGCUUGUUAAAAUUCUUGUAUGUCAAAUAACCUACCAUUACUGGACUUACAUGUCGAAUGGCCACUUCUAGACACUGGAGAGACUAACAUUUAAAGUUUUUUCUUCCUGGUAUAAAACUUUAACAAAAUAAUCAUUCAAGUCUGAAGAUGGUAAACAAACUAAGAUCAAAAAAGCAAAAUUGCUUUACAGCAGUGAUACUGACAGAAACUUUCCAACACAAAUUAAUUUACAAAAUAAAUUACAUUUAGAUAACAUAGUGAAAUGUUCCUAUAUGUUUAAGAAGAGUGCAGGAGAAAUAAGUCAGAUAACUAAAACCUUGUUUAAAGAGGUAGCUUUAAGGAAUGUCUUACAGAACAAUAGGAGACAAGCUGGAGAGAUGUGGGGAGAGAAUUCCAAAGUUAACUGCCUUGACAGCUGAUGCAUUUGUUAACCAAAUGUGUAGCUAAGGAACUGUGGUUGAGGUGAUGAACAGAAGGACCAAACUGGUUGAAAACAGAAUUCUUAGAGGAUUUUAGAACUCUGGGAGAUCACAGAGUUAGAGAGGAGUGAGGGAUUUGAACAGGAGGAUAAAACACUUCAAUUUAAAGCAAGUACCAAACACAGUUUCUCAUUGGUAAUGGGAAAAGACCGUUUUAAGUUUUUUAAAUGUUUCAAGGAUAAAUAUAAUUUGCACCUUUCAAGAUCUAUAUACCUGUGGGUCGUAUAAAGCAUUUACAAAAUGUGCAGCAGGAAAUAGAGUUGAAAUAUAUAUGAAAACGAAAAGAAGUGCAGAAAGCUACAAAAUAGUAAAUAUUGCUGAUACAAAAUGACAUGUGAAUGCAUGACAAAAUAAUCUUUUUUAUGUGAGCAAAAGCAAUCAACAAUGACUACAUUUUAGACAUAUAUUCUGUAAAUGGAAACCCCAAUAGCAUUGUUUUCUUUAUUCUGUGUAACAUUCAACAAGACCUUCAUUACAGAGUUACGAAUCUAAUAUUAUUCCAUUUCCAAGAACAAAGAUUUUGUACACCCUAUGCAGUUUAUCAAAUGCUUGCAUCAGGUUAUAUUAUGUAAGUAUUAACAGCAAGUCUGCAAGAAAAAUACACAGUAACAAGUAACAGAUGGCAUAAAAUAUAUCAUAUAGCUUGUGAAAGAAAAACCUGAAUGCACGUUUUAUGUUUAAUUGAUUAAUGUUGUCUAAAGCUUAAAAAUCUUGGUGUAGCAAUGUGCUUAAUAGUUUUUACAAGGUAUGUAUUUUCUGCUUUUGUGGAGAAUAUCACGCUACUGAUUUUUGCAUUUUUAUCACCUUGUUUAUGAUUCUACAAAUGUAUAUAAUACAAUCACAUUUAUAAUUAUAUGGCAGUCUUGUAAUUGUUGUAUUUGACAAAAGACCCAGAUGUUAUGAGUUGGAUGUUCUACAUCUAAAACUAUGAUGCAAGUCUCAAUAAAUGUAAUACUUUCUUGUAAA